UUUUCUUUUAUAUUUUUCUUGGUCCCAGAAUGCUUCUGAGCAAGCCGCAAGCUGUUGAAAAACUGUCUUGAGAAUGGCUUAAUGGCUCAAGGCACUGUCCCACAACCGGGCUUAAAGACACAGAGCGCGUGAAGCUCUUCUGGUUAAUGAUAGAAAGAAGACGUUCUUCUAAGUUUCAGAAGGGUGAAACUCCUCCAUGUGUGCAGUUCAGAUUGAAUGAGGAUCUCAGUAGUUUAUCCAUCUGUUGAUGACAUAAUUUACAGUGUGUGUACUGAAGUUUCUUGCCUUUUUUCAUCCGGUCUGUGAAAGUUUAUAUUUGACAGAGCAGGUCCAUGAUGUGUGCGGUCUGGCCCUGCCAUGCAGCUGCGACACUGCUGGGGCAGCACUUCAGCGGCGUUCCUGGAUGCUUUGGCUGCUCCUAUACUGUUGGCUUAGGGAGCUGCUGGACUCCCCGCUAAUCUUCUGUGGACUAUGAGCUUUCUGAAUUUUCCAAGUAUUGAAUCAGAUGAGCCGUAGUUUGGAAUUUCAUCCUUCGUUUCUUGUUAAGCCCUGGUUUCAUCCAGCAAAUCACAGGUUGUUUUCCCAGCUUAAACAUUUUUUGAUGUGUGUUUAUCAGCACAACAACAUGUUAAGGGCUGCUGGUGUGGAAGUACUAUUGAAGUUACAGGGAUUCUUCAGAAAGCUCUAUACCUCAAGAAUUACCUUUUUCCUCCCUAUUUAUUCCAGUUAAACUUGUAUCACAUAAAUGGAAGUGGUGUAGUGUCUUUGAAGAGUGUCUAAAACACCAAAGCAAGAGCAGUGUGAACAGCAUGCUUGGCUGAGAGCAGGUGUGUGCCUGGUCUAUGGUUGUUCAUCUGCAGUGUCUCUAAAAAAAAUGUGCUGUGAGUCAAAAAGGUUUUUGCUCCUCUAUGCAACACAAAAGGGGCAGGCAAAAGCCAUAGCUGAGGAAAUACACCAGCAAGCAGGUGCCCAUGGACUUGAAGCUGAUAUGCACUGUAUAAGUGAAAUGGAAAAGUAUAAUCUGGAAACAGAAAAGGAUCCUGUAGUUAUUGUUAUUUCCACUACUGGAACAGGAGACCCACCAGACACUGCCUGCAAGUUUGUAAAGAAAAUUCAAGACAAGACCUUGCCUCCUGACCAUUUCACACAUCUCCAGUAUGGAUUGCUAGGUCUGGGAGAUUCAGAGUACAUGUUCUUUUGUAAUGGUGGAAGGACAGUAGACCGACGACUUCAAGAACUUGGUGCCCAGCACUUCUAUGACACAGGAUUAGCAGAUGACUGUGUAGGUUUGGAAUUAGUGGUUGAUCCUUGGAUUGAUGGACUUUGGCUUGCCCUCAAGAAAGCAUUGCAAUUGCAGAAAGAGAAAGAAGGCAUGAACAAUGCUGUCAAGGCUGUUUCCAGCUCUCUGUCUACAGCUCCACAUGCUGUGCAUGAGCUAAAGCUAAGCCCUGAAGUACAGAACUUGAAGCUAGAAGAUGAGGGAGUAAGGGGUUCUGGUGUUCUAUCACAGAAACUGGAUGACAUCAAUCUUGUGGCUCCAGCUAGAGACACCAAACCUUCACUUGUUCAUUCUGUUCCUCCUGUCUCUCAGUCUGCUCUUAAUAUUCCUGCUCUGCCACCAGAAUAUAUUGAAGUGGAGUUUCAGGACACCCAGGGUGAGAAUCCACAUCUGUCUUCACUUAUUUCAGAGGGAACAACCUUUGAAGUGCCAGUUACAAAAGCAGUUCAGCUCACUAGGGAAGAUGCGAUAAAGACUGCAUUGCUCUUAGAGCUUGAUAUUGCAGAUACAGCCUUUGAAUACCAACCUGGAGAUGCCUUCUGUGUAAUAUGUCCCAACAAUGUCUGUGAAGUGGAAGAACUUCUUCAUGUUUUAGGACUUACUGAAAAAGGAGAUGACUUUGUUUGUGUAAAAGUCAAGCAGGGCACUAAAAAGAAAGGAGCAUCUCGUCCACAACACAUCCCUGGAAGAAGCACUCUCAAAUUCAUUCUAACCUGGUGUCUGGAAAUAAGAGCAAUUCCCAAAAAGGCAUUUUUGCGAGCUCUUGUAGAGUGUACCAGUGAUGCGGGAGAAAAACGGAGGCUUCAAGAGCUUUGCAGCAGACAAGGAGCCUCUGAUUACAAUAGCUUUAUUAGAGAUUCUAAUGUUUGCCUCCUGGAUUUACUUCAUGCUUUUCCAAGCUGCAAGCCUUCACUUAGCCUGUUAAUUGAAUAUCUUCCUAAAUUACAAGCCAGAUCCUACUCAGUGUCAAGUUCAAACUUGUAUCAGCCAGGAAGGCUGUGCUUUGUAUUUAAUGUUGUGGAGUUCCCUGCUGGUCCCUCUAGACCAGUCUCACGGAAAGGAGUAUGUACAGGGUGGCUUGCUGAGUUAGUUGCACCUCUACUGCACCCCAGUAAAAACUCUCUGCAUACAGGAGAAAGCUCUUCAACUGAAAAGAUCUAUAUUUUUCCUCGCCCAAAGAAUGCUUUCCACUUACCUGCAGACCCAUCUGUGCCAUUCAUUAUGGUUGGUCCAGGAACAGGAAUUUCACCAUUUAUUGGUUUCCUACAACAUAGGCAAAAGCUCAGAGAACAACAUACAGACUGGGUAUUUGGAGAAACAUGGCUGUUUUUUGGCUGUCGGCAUCAGGAUCGAGACUAUUUGUUCAAAGAUGAACUCCAAUGUUUUCUUGAAAACGGAACCUUAACUCAUCUUAAGGUUUGUUUCUCAAGAGACUCUUCAACUGCGGAAGUGACCCCACCUAAAUAUGUGCAAGAUGUCCUUAGGCUUUGUGCUAAGGAAGUUGCCAGAGUCCUGCUGAAAGAGAGAGGUUACUUCUAUAUAUGUGGAGAUAAAAAGCACAUGGCUGAUGGUGUAAGUGAAGCCAUAGUAGACAUUUUAAGCAUGGAAAUGGAAGCUGACACAUUGGAAGCAAUGAAAAUCCUUGCCAUGCUUCGAGAAGCAAAACGAUAUUUGCAAGAUGUUUGGAGCUAAAUGUUUAGCUUUUUCAAUAUCAUUGCAGUACAAAAUACUUCUUUUACACAUACGUUUUUAAUUAAAAGUUACCGCCAAAAGUUCUGUCAGUAGUCGCACAAAGGUUAACUUUCUCUAUUGACCUUUCCAACAGGAACAUGAAACCUUUGAAAUUACAACAAACCAGGCUGGCCUUUGAAGUGUAUGGUUUUUGGUUUUUUAGAGAUGUUUCAUAAUGGACUGUCUCAGUGCCUUGAUUUUCUUGCCUUAAGAUUGGGUUGUUGUAUAAACUAAAAACUUACGCACUUUUACAGGCAUAAUAGUAUAUUGACAUUACAUCA